AUGUCCCUCCCAAAACUUUCCACCGUCGUCACUUGGGCUCUAUACUUUGUCCCAGUAUAUAUCUUCAUCCUCUCUCCGCUCCUGCAAACAUUCUUCGGCUCCAGCAUUACCAACUCCGAGAACGUGAACAUAUUCGACUGGACCGACGAAGACACAAUUCCAGCACCAAAUCUCCGAGAUGAUAGCUUCAUAAGCCCAGAAGAUGGCGUUCCGACAACUUGUCCGGGCGAGCCGGCCGGAUACAAAGUACACUUGCUUUCACGCGCACCCCUCAUUUUGUACCUGGAGAACUUCCUCAGCGACGAGGAAGCGAAUCAUCUAGUCGACAUCAGCGUGGACAAAUACAAGCCCUCCAUCGUCUACGACGGCAAAACAGAACAAGUCGAUCCCAGCAAGCGCCUCUCCGACCGCGCACUCCUCGACCGCGACGACACAGUCCGUUGUCUCGAAGACCGCGCCCGCGCAUUCCAAGGCUGGCGUCCGCACCUAUACAUCGAGCGCAUGUGGGCACAGCGAUACAAUGCCUCAGGACACUACCGGCAUCAUUACGACUGGACCGGCACGCUUGCACGUGGUGGAGACAGACUGAGUACGUUCAUGGUGUACCUUGGAGCCGACUGUGAAGGUGGGGGUACGAAUUUCCCACGGUUGACGAUGCCGCCGGGGAAGGAGUGGUGUCGAUUUUUGGAGUGUGAGGAGGACGGGGCCGAGGCUCAGAUCCAAGCUGGGGAUCUAGACUCGAACUCGGACCAGAAUUUGGGAGGAAUACCGAAGCAGAAACCGGGGAUCACAUUUAAGCCUAUUAAGGGGAAUGCGAUCUUUUGGGAGAAUCUGCGUUCCGAUGGGACUGGGUAUCCUGAGACUUGGCAUGCGGCUUACCCGGUUACGACGGGGACGAAGGUGGGCUUGAACAUUUGGAGUUGGUAUCAGCCACCGAUGCGGGCGCGUAGAGGGUAA